CUAGUUGUUCCGCUGCUAAGAAAAGUAUAUUUCUAACUGAAAUGUAGGAUGCCUUCAAUUAGUAUUUUGUGUUUGUAAAAUGAAAAGGAAAUGAUUGACUGAGGCAGCAUACUCGGUUUAAUAGCACAGUUUAUUGCAAUCCAAGCUCUUAGUUAGCGUAAUACUCUAUAUCAUAAUCAAAUAUCUGUUCGAGUUCUAGUUGAGAGUUUGUCGAACUAUACAAUUGUAGCAGCUCUAACUGCAGCUUUAACACUUUAACACUUUAACACUCUUACUUCCCCUCAGUUUAUUAAACCUUUCUUCAAAACAACAGUAUAUGUGGCACAUGACCUAAAUCAAAACUGUUUCACCCAAAAUUCAAGAGUUUAAAAGUAAAGACUUGUGCAAGAACAAUAGUAUUGUAACCUGCCAGCACCUCCACUGGGAUAAUAGGGAAACUGGAUUAGGGACCCACCAGUUACCGUGGUGGUUUUACAUUAUUGGCAUGCGCCAGUGUGUGUGUAUCUCAGCUAUAGAAGGUGGCUUAUGCCUGCAGCACGUUAGGGGUAUGAUUGACAGCUACGGGUAUUUUCUUUUAUUUUACAUACUUUGUGGACUGAUUAAUUGUUUUAUUGCACAACGUACACAGGUAUUGCAGUCAUGUAUUGAUGCAAGCUAAACGUUUAACAAGAAACUGCUGCAAGAAAAAAGUGAGCUUUUAUUUUGUCAAAAAUAUACAGUUGCCUUCUGAUUGUAUCUAGUUGCGCACGUGGGGGCGUUAUAUGAUGAACAUUAUAAUUAAAAUGGGGAACACCUUUUGACGAGCAAGAAACGUCAGAGAUUACAGAUGAUCUGUAGACCAAUAGUUUUCUGGUUUGUGCACGUAAACUGAGAACGAGAGAUGUGCAAAAGCACUGCCUGCAACAGAAACAGUGUCUAUUUGCAAAAGAAGCUGAAACUGCCAGACCUUGACAUUGUUUAAGAGAGAAAAUACUUAAACUACAUAGAGGUUUUAGUCAGAUGCGGCUCAUUUGGCGCUGUGUUUUUCGUUGAUCAGGGAGUCUGUGUUAUCUACAGAUCUAGCUACAUGUUGUUUUAUUGUUGUUGUUUUAAAAUUGUAAAUGCUUCUCCAGCUGUAAAGAUCAUCCAGCAUUUUCUGCAGAAAUGAUGACCCGGCACAUGUGGCUGUUCCUGACAUAUUUGGCUUCUACUUUCCAAAAAUCGGAGGGUCUUUUUAACGACACUUUCUUUAAAGGGACUUAUGAAGCCGCAAACAAUUGGUCCAGAUCCUUUACUUUAGACAAUAAUACGCUAGCUGACUGGCAAAUUUUGUUAGGCAAAAGAAAAUAUGAAGCGGAGUCACAAAACCCCACAAUUAAAGCCCUGCUAAUUGUCGCAUAUUCCUUCAUUAUUGUGAUAUCUCUUUUUGGAAAUAUCCUUGUUUGCCAUGUCGUGAUAAAGAACAAAAGGAUGCAUUCUGCCACUAGUUUAUUCAUUGUGAAUCUUGCUAUAGCGGAUAUAUUAAUAACGAUUUUGAAUACCCCUUUUACUUUGGUUCGUUUUGUGAACAGUACCUGGGUGUUUGGAAAGAGUAUGUGUCACAUCAGUAGGUUUGUCCAGUAUUGCUCACUGCAUGUCUCUACACUGACACUGACUGCGAUCGCUUUGGAUAGACAUCAGGUAAUUUUGCACCCUUUAAAGCCCAGAAUGUCAACUGCGCGGGGAGUGGCCUGCAUCGCUUUCAUCUGGAUCAUGGCCAGUUGUUUUUCCUUGCCGCAUGCCAUUUAUCAAAAGCUGUUCACGUUUUCCUACAGCAGCAAGGAUACCAUCCGAAGCCUAUGUGUCCACGAUUUCCCCGAUCCAGCAGAUCUCUACUGGAAAUACAUAGACUUGGCAACAUUGAUUUUGCUGUACGUUUUGCCACUCUUGAUCAUUUCCGUUGCCUAUACAACGGUGGCCAAGAGGCUCUGGCGGCGCAACACCAUAGGGGACGUCACAACCGAGCAGUAUUUCGCCCACAAAAGAAAGAAAAAAACGACCAUUAAAAUGCUCAUGAUGGUCGUUGUGGUCUUUGCCGUGUGCUGGUUCCCCUUAAACUGUUAUGUCGUCCUUAUAUCGAGCCAAACAAUUCGCAGCAGCCACGCGCUCUAUUUCACGUUUCAUUGGUUUGCCAUGAGCAGCACGUGCUACAACCCGUUUAUUUACUGUUGGCUAAAUGAAAAAUUUAGGUCGGAGCUGAAGUACUUGAUGAACAUUUGCAAGAAGAAGCAGCGGGUGGAGGAGCAUAUGCUCCCAUCGACAGACCCUGGUCACAGAACCGCCUGGUCAGAAAGCAACAGGAACUAUACUAGAGCCAAGGCUUCCCAGAGCCUCAGGUCAACCAGCAACAUCCAGUCAGGAAAGACAGAUAUCUCAGCAGUAGAGCCCAUUGUAGCAGUUACCUAAUUUGAUUUUUAAUAAGGUGCUGUGCCAGGUGAAAAAAAAGCACACAUGUAUCCCAAAUAUUACCAUGGUAGACAGAACUAUUUAGGUUUAACUAACACCGUAGAGGUCAUGGGACGCAGAUAUUAGUAUAGGGGGUGCAACUAAUGUAUUUCAUGACCUUGCCAUGCCUGUAAGAUCCCAGAGCAAACGUGCUUUGGUGGUUCUUUCCUAUAAGUCACCCUGUAAGUUUGACAUAUAAUUGGUACUUUUAUGGCAGUGGGGAGUUCAGUGUUGUGUGUGGAUAUAGAUCUCUUCUUAGAGUCCAUCCACUGUCCAAUCAACAAGACCAAAGCAACAGAAAAAAGUUUUAAAAAAAAAGUAAAAUAACCAAAUUACUUUUAUUUAACUAUAUUUAUCUUUUAUUUUGCCAUUGCAGGUCAUUAAA